ACUAUCACAUUGGGAAUUAGGGCUUCCCAAUCCCCAUUGGGGGAGACACAAUUCAGUCCAUAACAAAUGUCCAGUGGGCAUCUCACACUUAACACACCCAUCAGCAAACUCUUAAUCUUUCCUCCAAACCCCGUUCUCCGUUGCAGCCUUUGCCUUCCUGGUGAGUAGAGCCCCCACCCUUCUCAUUACUGAGGCCAAAACCUUGCCAUCACCCUUGAUCCUCUUUUUCUCUCACGCCGCCCAUUUCAAUCCAUCAGCAAAUCCUGUUGUCUCUACUUUCAGAACAUGUCUGGAUUCUAACUACUUUUUUCUUCCUCCACUGCCAUUACCCUGAUCCAAACUGUCAUCAUUUCUUAAACUGAUUUAUGACAAUCGCCUCCUAUACUAUCACCUCUUUCUGCCUUUGGCCUCUAAAAUCUUUUUUCAAUAUGGCAGCCAGAGUAAUCCUUCUGAAAUAGAAGUCAGACCAUUUUAUUCUCUAACUCCCUCCCUGCAGUGGAUCCCAUCCCCCUCCAGGAAGAGUCCUUUCCGUGGCCAGCGAGGCCCUCCAUGGUCCCCACUGUGACCUCUUAGCAUUCUGCUGCUUGCUCCCUCUGCCUCAGCCAUACUGCCCUCUUUGCUUUCCUCGAGGCGAGCCUUUGCAUUUGCUACCUCUGGGCCUUUGCAUUUGCUCUUCCUUCCAACUGAAUUGCUCUUACACUGGAUGUUAUAUGUUGUGUUUCCUCAUCUUUGUCAGGUGUCAGCUCAAACUUGAUAUUUUCAGAGAGGCCUUCCUUGAGAAUCUUACAAAAAAUAGUGUCCCACUCCUGCUAGGCAAAUUCUAUCUCCCUUACCCUGCUCUGUGUACUUCCAAAGCAGUCAACUCUGCGGGAUACACUCUAGAUGUUUCUCUUGGGUAUCUUCUUAUUGUCACCUUCUCUCCUCACCAGACUGAGGCUCCAUAAAGGCAGGGACUUAGUCCGUUUUGUUCUCUGGGGCAUCCCCAGAACCCAGAGCUUGCCUGAAACCUGGUAGGUGUUCAGUAAGUCCUGGAGGAAUGAAUGAAUGAUCACCUUUGCUCUAAGGGAGGUUGGGAUAGGCAUUCUCUCAGCUGGGCACAUUUCCACCCCAAAUGAAUGAAUACUCCAUAGUAGUGGAGAAGGGGAGAAGGAUGUUGGAUAAACUCAGCAUGUUCCCCAACUUGUAAGGGAGUCAUGUUGAGUUCUGCACCCUCCUCAUUGGUCCACAGCCUUGAAAUGUGUUCUGUGCAGAAGCAGGCAGUGCCCAUGUUUGCUGCGAGUCCUUGUGGAUGGAGGCAGGCCCAGGCUGGCCAGACUCUGGUGAAUAGGGGGCCUGUGACCUCUUGAGGAGGGGUAAUCCGGGGUUGCAUUGGUUGUGUGAGCUCCAGGGAGCUCCUACCUCAAGGCCUGUGAGGUCUGGACUGUAUGUGCCGGGGCUGUUGGGCAGAGGAAUGGGGUCGCAGGCCUGAUUCAGGGUGUGGCAUGGAGGGGUGCCCAGGUGUCCCAUCCUGUAUGUGCACCUCUGGGCACACUCCCACCCUUGCUGUUCCUUUCCUUGGGACCUUGCCUUUCAUUCUCACAGUGGGUCAUAGCCCAUACAUUCUUGUGCCAAUGCCAAAAAUUGAAGUUUUAAAAGUCUCAUUGAAUAAUUCUUCAUGGAAGAUACGUUGUAAACCAAUAGUGACUGAAUUCUACUUGGUCACCGGUGGACCGGUUAGUUGGGUGUAUAUGUUGGUGUUUGCUGCUUAAAAUAGCAACCACUGAUUGAGCCCACUACACUGUGGGUUGGCCAUUUGGGCUGGGAUCAGCCAGCGGUUCUUCUGACCUCAGCUAGGCUCACUCAUGCAGCUGGAGUUAACUGCUGUGUGGGCUGAGAUUGGCUGUCCAGGGGCCAGGAUGACUGGCCUCUGCUCUGCGUGGUCCCCCGAGUCCAGCAGGCUAGCGUUGGCUUGUUCAUGUGGCAGCCCAGCAGGGUGCUGAGAGGGAAGGGGGAGCGUGCAGGGCUUCUUGAGGCCUAGGAGCUGAGCCUACUAUAUUCUGCUGGUUAAAGCAAGUGACGAGCCCAGCCCAGGUGCAAGUGCUGGAGACACAGACUCAAAUUCUUAAUGAGAAGAGUUGCAGAGUCACAUAGUGAUGGGGCAUGGGUACAGGCAGGGGAAAAUUGUGGUCGUUUUUACAAACUCUGUAUCAUAGCUGCCAGUGGACAGAACCCCCAGCUGUGAGCGAGAAAGGGGAGGGAGGGUUCUUCAUCCACAGGCCAUCACAUUUUCUGGGUUUGUGGGUCCUUGAUGCGCUGCUCUGGCUUUGGGCAGCGGCGGGUGCCGUGGGGGUCCUCUGUCCUCUGCCCUUGGGCUGGCUGGCGCGGCGGGGAGCUGUGUGACGCUCUUUCAGAUAGCCUUCGUGGAAGCUCUCAGAGGCAUGUUUGUGCUCAAGAGCCUCCUGAUUUUGCUGGUCAGCUGUCAGGGCUAGAGCUUGUUGGCAAGGCUUCAUCCGUUCGUAUCUAAUCCACGCACUGAUUAAUGGAGGCGGUUUCACUUUUAUUGUCCCUUUGAGGCAGCCCGUCUUCCGUCGGCCACGGCAGGGGCCGCUCACAGGUAUGUGGCCAUUUAUGGGCAGUCAGAGCCCUGCUGUGCUCACCGUGGAACACGGUGGGGCUGGAGGUGUGGGUCACAUCCUGCCCGGCGACCAUGGUAAGUCACUCUUCCAGCCUCUGCUGACUGCCUCCCAAAGCGUCAUUCCCCUCAUCUCAUGAAUUAUAUUAAUAAUGCCUUCUCUCUUGCCAUGUUUUCCCCUCUCCACCGAAUCAUUACUGUCAGUCUAUAAACAUGCUAUGCUGCUCCUACUUUAGCAUGUAACGCUGUCUGGACUCCGUGUCCCACUCUACCUGUCACCCUAUUUCUCUACUCCUCUUUAGAGGUGAACUCUUUAAAAAGAGAUUACUAUGCCCACCAUCUCUGAUAUGUUUGCUUCCAUUCCCAUUAAAACCCCUCGGGUCAGGACCCCUCUCCCCUCCUUGGAAACUGGUCUUGGCCAGGUGAGCUGCUAAGGCCAGUGGUCACUCGAGGUCUCUGUCCAACUCACACAGGCCGUCACUUUCUCCUACGAGAAACCCUCCCCUCACUUGACUUCCUCGGCGCCCAGCCCCCGCCUCUCUUGCCCCCUCGCUGGCUGGUGCAUCCUCAUCUCCCUAACCACUGAAAACUUAGGGCCCUAAGGUUGGGUUCCAGGCCUUUCCUCUCUCUUAUCUACAUCCUCUCGGUGACCUCACCCUGUCUCACGGCUUUAAACACCAGCUACAUCAAAUGAGUCUCGUAUUUAUAUCUGCAGCUGGAACUCUUCCCUGGUCCCCAGACUCACAAGGCUUCCUGUUCAACACCUCCACGUGCAAGUCUAAUCUGCAUUUCAAACUUAGCACAUCCAAGACUGAAUCUUUAUUGUCCUCCCAAACCUGCUCCUCGCACUGUCGCCCCCAUAUGGCGACAAGGGGUUUGCAUUUUUUCCUUCCGAUUUAACCCUGUUUUUGAAUAUGUAAAACAUUUAUGGAGUCAAAAUCAAACCAAUAUUAAAAGAUAUCCUUACAGAAGUCUCACUUCCCUUCCUAUACUCUCUACCUACUUUUCAGUGUUUCUUUUGACAAAAAUAAGCAAAUAUAUUUAUUUUCCCCUUUUUCGCAGAAAAACUUGGCAUAUUAUAUACAUUGUUUUGUAUCUUGCUUUUUUUCACUUAACAAUAUAGUCUGGAGAUCGCUGCAGUUCACAGAAAACUUCCUCAUUCUUUUGACAGCUCGUCAAAAUUUGAUUGUAUGAGUGUAAUUUAUUUAGCCAGACCCCUACGGAUGAACAUUCGCGUUGUCUCCAGUCUUUUGCUGUUACAAAUAAGGCUGCAAUUAAUGCCCUUGUGCAUAUGUUGUUUUGUACUUUGGAAGGACAUCUUCAGGGUAGACUCCUGGAACUGUGGCUGAAGGAAGCCACCCAGAGAAUCUGAGUAUUUGCACAGGGUGUGUGUCCCAGUGCAGCCCCCAGGGAGGGUGUGUUCUCCAGUGCCCAAUUUAGAUAUGACCAAGGAGGAUAAUGGAGAAGGAAGAAUCUCCAAGAGCAUGGGGCCAGGGCCCCAAAAACCAGUAUUCAUGGAGCCCCUCCCGGGGAGCAGAACUGGAACCUACUCACGGAGCAUUCUCACCUCCAGGGACCAGUUCUGGACAUGAGUCACGAGCAGGACCAGAAAGUUCAGGGCUGAACUUUUCACUUGAUGUUGUGAGACCUUCCAGGAUUCUUUUUCUGUCUUCCGUGACAACCAGCAAUGUUUCCUCAGCUGGUUACUAAAUGAAGACGUGUGGAGCAAAGUGCCCCGCUGACCUGCCAUGGACACGUAAUUUCAAUGGGAAAUGAACCUCUAAACCACUCCGACCUUGGGGUUACUCGUUAAUUUGGCAUAACGAACACAACUUGACCUGACUGAUACACCUUCUUCAGGUGUUGACUCACAGGUCACCUUUUCCCCAAGGCCGUCCUGCACCCUCUAUAUAAAAUAGCCCCACACCCACCUUGGAGCUCUAUUCCCUGGACUUUGUAUUCCUCCAUAACGUCCAUCUCCAUCUAACAUUAUGGACUUUGCUCCUUUAUUUUGUUUAUUAUCCAUCUCCCUCUGCCAUCAGAAUGUAAGCCCACGAAGGCAGGGAUGAUCUGAGUCUCAGUUCCACUGAAAGCAGACCCUGAGAGAGGGAGUUGGGGAGGAGAGAAGGAUGGGAUGCAAUAAAGGAUGCAUUUUAAUCAGCUCAUUACUGCUCUGGGCAACUGGGGCUUGACCCUCUGGAGAUCUUCUGAGAAGCUCUGUCAAACCAGCCUCAGAAAUUUCCUACCUAGACAUAGGAAAACUGGAGUAUUUGUCCCCAUCUCCUGUCCCUUGUUGGCUACAGGUUUCCCUGAGGGCAUUAAACCUCUGGCACAGCCAGGCAGCCUUGUGUGUGGGCUGAGCAAGCUUCGCCAGUGCUUGGAAAAGUCUUCAGGGGGAAAGCAGAGAGAUGCCCACAGUCCCCAUGGAUGGGAACUGUCCACCACAGCUGCAGUGAUCUGUUCAGGGAAGGACACAUGAUUCAUUUGGGACCAAUGAGAGAGAGUGAAUUCCAGGGCUUGCUCUCUCGCUGAGUGAUGUGGUAUAAAGAUGUGAGGUCUGGAACAGCUGGAGCCAUUUUGCCACCAUGGGAAAGCCUGGAAUUUCUGGGCUGACUGCUUGAUGCACAAAGAGAAAGGCCCUAAGAAGGCAGAGAGGAGAGGGAGAGAAUCUGAGCCUUUGGAGACAGCUUUUGGAGCUGCUGGAUUGAGUCUCACUUGAAGCCAGAAGUGAAUCUAGAUUUUUAAUCGACGUGCCUAAGAAAAAUUCCUUUAUCUUAUGAAUCAGUUUAAGGUGGGUUUUCUGUCACUUGUGACUGAAAGUGUCCUCACCAAUUCUGUACCUAACUCACGGGCCUGUCGUGAAGAUCAGAUGAAACAGCACUUAGCGAGGCACAGCACACAAAUACUGCUCAACGAACGGUACCCAAUAUUGUUAUUAUGAUAGAUUUAUUUUUACAGAGUUAUGUGUUCUCUUUUCAGUAUUGUUCAAUUUCUACCCUCAAAGGAGGGAGGCGGAGGGAGGGAGCUGACUGGCCCCAGGCUCCUGACCACCAGCUUGAGCCCCAGUGACCGACAUGGAGCCCACGCAGUGCUGUUCUAAUUCCUCUGACAUCUCAUUUUUGUUCUUUGAUGAUAUUUGUCUGCAUCCAGCUUACACACGAAUGUUUCCAGUAAAGGGCUCCAAGUGCCUUUUGCAGAAAUCUGAAUCCACAUGAAAACAAUGGCAACAAGAAAAAGGUGUAAACUUUCCAGAACAGACCCAGAGUUUGAAAAUGUGAUAAAGAGGUUAUUGUGUGUCCAAACUUUUCACACAAGAAUUGGAGGAGAUUUAACACCAGGAAUAAUAAACAGAGGAAGACCAGCUAAUGCAGAGCAGAUGGGGCUGCAGGGCAGGGCUAAGCAUUUCGAUGUCUUCCCCCUCGACCUUUGGACUCGGGAGGACUGAAUGCUGGUUUCUUUAGUUAAAAAUAAAGUUAACACCACUGGGGAAACCAUAAAUAUGGCUGGUUUGAUUUCUGGGGUGGGGAUGGAGGUUAGUGGACUAGAGUUUUUAAGAACCUACUACGUGGCAGGCAUUCGACAUUCACGGCUUCAAUCCUGACCACAGCUCCGUUUUACAGACCAGAGAAUGGAGGCUCUGAAACGGUAAAUCUCUUACUGAAGGGCACACAGCCUGUGAGAGUGGAGCCAGGAUCCGUCCCAGGUCAGUCGCAUUGUGUAUGCCAUGGUUCUGCAGAUGGGGAUCAGAGGUAAGCAGGGGAAAAGGAUCAUGGUCAAAUAAAUUUGACAAAUGCUGCUAUGUAUGUAUAAUAUAUAAUAUAAUAUAAUGCAUAUAUUUACAUAGUAACAGUCUUAUUGAGGUAUAAUUGAUAUACAAUAAAUUGUACAUAUGUAAACCACACAAGUUGAUACGUUUGACAUAUGUCUAUACUCGUGAGACCAUCACCACAAUUAAGACAAUGAGCAUAUCCAUUACUCCCAAAAGUCUCCUCAAGGCCCUUCGUAAUUCCUCCCCCGACCCCUCCCACCCUUGAUCCCAGACAACCACUGAUCUGCUUUCUAUCACUAUAGGUUAACUGCAUUCUAGAGUUUUAUGUAAAUGGAAUCAUGUGGUAUGUGUUCAUUUUUGUCUGUCUUCUUUCA